AUGGAAAUGAGCGAGUCUCUGGCCAUGGCUACUCAAGAGGGCCAGCAGACAACCUCGUCGAGCGACCGUCAAGCUGUCGCAGUCCCGUCCGGCCACGUCAUGAUGGCGAAUGUCGAAGACAUGAUUGCGCAAGAAGGCGAGCAGUAUAGAGCGCAGAAUGGCCUGCAACUUAUCGCAGGCCCGCCGAUGAACGUCGCUGAGGCGGAUAUGAACGACAUGCAGCCUCAGCCAAUGAUGGUUUCCAACAUGCCCAAUGCCCACCAUAUUAUGAGAGGCCCGCCCAACCGCUUCUCCACCGUGUUGCAAUCACAGUCUCUACCAAGGCUUGGCACAUCCGUCCGACUCGGCAAGCGACCCCGCAUUCCGGAGGGUCUUCAAUUCGUCUUGGGCCCUGGCAAACGUAUCAAAAUUCUUUGCGAAGGACACGACCUUGGAGUCACGAUCGGAUUCAACCACGAUAAGAGCGCUGAUAUUUCCGUCACGAGCCGCACUCAGGAAAAGCCGUAUAUCAAGUAUGACCCUCUCUGGCCACACUCCAACCAGAAGCUGGCGAGCUUGCACGCUCACGCGAGCGAGUACAAGCGGGGAGAGUUCCCGUUUAUGAAGAUGCCACCCGAGAUCCGCAUUAUUGUGUACAAGAUGCUUAUGAGCAAGGACGACCCGUAUGACGACACUUAUGAAGCCGUGCAUGAUCUGUGGUGCAAUUCGUCGCGCGAAAACACUCGACGAGGUGCAGUCAUGUCGAGGUCCAAAGGCUCCUUCAUGAUACCGGGCUUCAUUCUGAAGUCACGUACCUGGGUUAAUGGACAAUACGAAGACCAUUACCUAGGGAACGCGCGGUCUCUGCUGGCACUGAACAAAACGAUGCGCGCAGAAGUUGGCCAGCUUGUCUUUCAGACGAUGAAGUUCGACCUGACCUCACUAACUGUCGAGACGAUCUGCGAAUGGCUCCUAGACAUCGGAGACAUUGGUCGGCACAACAUUAAGAACCUUUCAAUCGAGUGGUGGUCUCCGACCUGGGGAAGUGGCUCUCGCGAUCAUCUCGUUCGCCCGCUUGAUGCAGCAGCAGAUUUGGUCGAGCUUCUGGCGUCUUGCGCCGCCCUUCGGUAUCUGGGAGUCCGUUUACCGUACGGAAAUGGAUUGGGCCGAUCCCGGGUCAAGCCUCAUCACUUCAAUACUCACUGCGAUCUUGCUCUGCUCCGUACUGUCACAGGCGCCAAGAGGGUUCGUGUCGAAUCCCCCAAUCCAGCGCUAACCCGAUGGCUUGUGGCUGGUAUGACAGGAGUCAAUGAACAGAACAUUCAGAUUCAACAGGACAGGCAUUAUCAUUGGGCUAGGAACUAG